AUGGAGCUGAGCUUUUCGCUCUGUUUUUUCCUGGUUUUGGCACUCAGCCUAGUCGAGUCUCGUCAAUUUCGCUACGAUUACAAAUAUAACCAAGAUAUCCAAGGUUGGAUCAAACUGCACCAAGUGCCGGCCACCUGGGCAGACGCGAGGCUGAGAUGUCAUCUUGAAGGUGCCAAUUUAGCCUCACCCCAAAAUUUCAAAUUCGCGAUAGUACUAAUGAAUACAUUGAAGAACACUCUUGCUGAACGCACAGGAAUCUUCACGGGCAUCCAUGCGACCUUCUCGAAGGGAGAUUUUCACUCUAUAGAAGGUAUUCCGUUAACAAAAAUGUCGCUACAAUGGAUGCCUUUCGAGCCUGAUAACGAAAACAAUAAUGAAAACUGUAUUGUGAUGCAUUCCAAUGGGACAAUCGCUGAUGUCAACUGCAACGAAGUGUUCCCCUACGUCUGCUACAGAAAGAAGUCUAAGAACGAGGUGUUAACUGAAUGCGGCACUGUUGAUAGGGAUUAUCAUCUGGACCCUCGGACUGGCAGCUGCUACAAGUUCCACUUCAUAGCCCGUAACUGGACCCGCGCUUUCAUGACAUGUACCGCAGAGGGUGCCUAUCUGGCAAUUAUCAAUAGUGAUGCUGAAGCUGAAAUCUUGAAGAAUCUGUUCGCAAAAUAUUCAGAUACUGCAAUACGUUUUACCCAUGUCAAGUUUAUUGCUUUCGUGGGUUUCCAUGACUGGGGCGAGCAAAAUGUCUGGACCACUAUAGAUGGCCAAACAAUAGAAAAAGCAGGCUUCAACACUUUCGAUGUUAACCAGCCAGACCAGCACGGAGGAGGGCAAUCCUGCGGAGGUUUCUUCAGAUCAGGCAAAUUAGACGACUCCAGGUGCAGUGCCAGGCUGGCUUUCAUAUGCGAAAAGUCGGUAGAUAGCCUGUUGGACGAAAAUGAAUAA